AUGCCUCCCCUCACAACGAAGUCAAUUCACUUUGGCUCUUUCUUAGUGACCUCUCAGGUGUUCCAUCUGACGCCCUCCUCCUUCGCGCUGGUAAACCUCAAGCCUCUACUUCCCGGCCAUGUACUCGUUUCUCCAAUUCGAGUCGUCCCUCGCUUCAACGACCUCACGCCUUCAGAGGUGACAGACCUCUUCCUCACAGUCCAAAGCGUGAGCCGGAUGGUUGAGCGAGUCUUCAAAGCAUCUGCUAUUAAUAUCGCUAUUCAAGAUGGAGCAGAUGCUGGCCAGAGCGUUCCCCAUGUCCACGCCCACAUCAUACCCCGGAGCUCAGGAGAUCUCAAUGAUAGGGGAGGCCAAGAUGCCAUAUACGGGAUGAUGGAAGGCGAGGAGGGUGACCUUGGUCGCCAAUUGAAGGAACGGGAUGCUCAAUCAGGAAGAGCCAAGUUUCCAGCCGUCGAUGCGGACGAGAGCCGGAAACCUAGAAGCGAUGAGGAGAUGACUAAGGAAGCAGAGUGGCUAGCUCAAGAGAUGGAGAAGGAAUAA